AUGAGCGAUAAAGAAGUGAUGAUCGAUAAUGACUAUGAAGAAGAAGAAGAAGAAGGAGAUCAGACAUCACAAGAAGUGCAAGUUUUGCCAAUCGAUUCGCCGGUCAGUAAAGAAGAGAUGACGUCGUCGACUGCGGCGACCAAUGAAGAGAUAACGUCGUCGGCGGCUAAUGAAGUGAAGAUCGAUGAAAAUGAAUACUUAGAAGAAGAAAAUGUAGAAGAAGAAGGAGAACAGACAUCACAAGAAGUGCCAGUUUUGCCAAUCGAUUCGCUGGUCAGUAAAGAUGAGAUGACGUCGUUGACGGCGGCGACCAAUGAAGAGAUAACAUCGUCGGCAACUAAUGAAGAGAUGGUUACCAAUGGUUAUUCAGCCGAACAAUUAAACCAAUUGUAUUGGUGGGCAUACUCUCCGACAAAGAAAAACGAUAACAAGAAUAACAACUGUAUUGAAUUCCAGACACCAAUUAUGGCGCCGUCGGUAGUGCCCAACUAUUUCACGCCACCGCCGAUGGCUACGAACGGCACCGGACCAGUAGAGAAGACUCAAAACUACUGGCCUAUGGCUGGUCCGAGCAGUUCGGUUAGUGGCGACAAUACCCCCAGCAGUUUGAUUAGUGGCGACAAUAGCCAACCAUCGACGUCGUCUUCAUCGGCCAACAACAACACAUCCGACACCGAAAAGCUCUAUUCGUGUCAAUUAUGUUCACAAAUGAAUUAUAUCAAAGAUGUGCCACAAUUUAGUCAACAUAUUGAACAACACUUAUCAGCGAAUGGGCCGUUCAAGUGUGACAUUUGCAACAAAUAUUUCAAAUACAAAUCCAUUUGUCGUAAUCAUGUUAUGUCUCACUGUUUGGUUCGACAGCCGUAA